AUGGCUGCUCAUACCGAAAACGAAAAACUACUUAUACACUGUUUCCAAGACAGUUUGAGUGGAGCGUCUCUAAGAUGGUACACGAGCUUAGAGCAAGGGCGGAUUCAAAACUGGGAAGAUUUGGCUGACGCAUUUCUUCGUCAAUACAAAUAUAAUCUAGAUAUGGCGCCCAACCGAAUGCAGUUACAAGGGAUGGCAAUGAAAGAAAAUGAGUCAUUUAAAGAAUACACCCAGCAAUGGAGAGAGUUGGCUGCUCAGGUAGAGCCACCAUUGUCUGAGAAGGAAAUGACUGGAAUAUUUAUGGACACACUGAAGGACCCAUUCUUUGAUAGAUUGGUGAGUAGUGCAGCGUCCGGUUUUGCGCAUCUAGUCACAAUCGGAGAUCGCAUAGAAAAAGGAUUGAGGGAUGGAAAAAUUCCAGGAGCCGCGGCAGCCCCUAGCGCACCGAAAAAGUAUUCUGGAGGCUUCCAGAAGAAAAGAGAAGGUGAAACGAACGCUAUAUCUAUAGGCUAUAAGGGGAAGCAACAUGCUUCAUAUGGCCAAGUCGCUGUCGUGGUACCCAUACCUUAUCAACAACCCAUACAGCAACAACAAAUGUAUCAACCACAACAUCAACAACAUCGUCAACAGCAGAACACCGCGCCACCAAGACAGUUCAGGCCAAGGCCUCCAAGAAGGCAACUUGACCCUCUACCAGUACCUUAUAGCCAAAUAUUCCCAUAUUUGCAAAAGGAGGGCCUUCUGACAUUGAGGGAGCUAAAACCGGAUGUUUUUCCAUAUCCACCAGGAUAUGAUGCUAACGCCCAUUGUGAAUUUCACAUGGGAGCGCCCGGCCAUACCCUGGAGAAUUGUUUUGCAUUUCAAAAUCGGGUACAAGACUUGAUUGAAGCAAAGGUUGUCACCUUCACUCUGAGACGCCCGAACAUGAACACCAAUCCCAUGCCAACACAUGGAGAUGCUUCCGUCAGUGCCAUUGAGGAGAGUGAUUAG